AUGUACUCAAUCUGGCUUUUAUUGCUUGCUUCUGUCAACGCCCAACAAGCAACUGCUUGCCCUCUCUUUGGACCAGCGUUUCCCGCACCCACGGCGCUGUCAACAGAUGAGACCUUUCUCUCGGCAACUAAAGAGCUAACCUCGAAGCUCAAUGAAGCUAUUGAAAAUGGAGAUCUGCCCUCUGUAUCCUUUGCCCUGCAGAUCUUCACCGGCCAAGAGCCCGAUUCGGCUUUCAGCUUCUACCACACAGAUGACCUCAUCAAGUCCGGAGCUGUUGGCGUUAACGAAGUCGAUGGGAAUUCAAUCUUCCGCAUUGGUAGCAUAUCAAAGCUAUGGACAAUGUUCCUCUAUAUGACCUUUGGUGGGAUACGACACUUCCACGAGCCGGUCUCAAAAUAUAUACCCGAAAUCCGCGCGAAUCAGAGUUCAUUACAGUCAGCAAAUGCACUCGAUCAUGUGAAGUGGGAAGAUGUGACCAUUGGCGAAUUGGCAAGUCACCAGGCUGGUAUUUUGAAUAAUUAUCUGGGGUUCCAGCAGAGCACUCUGCAGAGUCAAGGAUUUCCCAUACUUUCCGAGUCCGAGCAAUUGACAUGUGGAAACACUCGCCAGUGUGACAGAGCAGAAUUCUUUGACGGAGUACUCCAAAGACGUCCUCUCGCGGCGACUUCGCAUACUCCGCUAUACUCUAAUUCGGGAUUUCAAAUCCUCGGAUACGCCUUGGAAUCUAUGCUAGAUGCCAGCUAUGAGGAUAUCCUAGUUGAUCGACUUAUCAAGCCGCUCAACUUGACUCGGUCUAGCCUUCAUGCACCUGACCCUGAUCUGGCGGCGAUACCAUACAAUGAAACUGCCGGGGGAAUCUUCUCAUCCGCAAACGACAUGGCAACAUUCGGUCGUGCAAUUCUCUCCAAUACCUUGAUCGAUCCCGCUGUCACAAGAAGAUGGCUCAAGCCAUCAGCACACAUGGCAUCCUUACGUAGCUCGGUGGGAGCCCCGUGGGAAAUAUACAGCUAUUCGACACCGCGUAGGGUCGAUCUUUACGGCAAAGCCGGCGACCUCGGAUUGUAUUCGAGCUUCAUCGGCCUCUCGCCCGACCAUAACGCCGGCUUUGCAGUUCUAGUGGCUGGCAGCAACAACUCGCACCAGUCCACAGCCCUGAUCUCCGAUAUCGUCGCGGAUACAUUAUUACCGACGCUCGAUACGGUCGCCAGGAACCAAGCGCUGGAGCGAUUUGGCGGAACUUACAAGCUGGUAACGGAGGACACGAACUCUUCAAUCACCAUCAGUGCAGACGAUCGCCCUGGUCUGCAUGUUGAGAGCUGGAUCAGCAACUCCGUCGAUAUGUACGAAACCCUGAUGACUCUGGCCAAGGUCUUGGAUCCCUCUGCGAUAAGCAUUCGUCUUCAACCGAAUGGUCUUCAAAGUUCAGGUCGCAUGGGAUUUUCCGCCGUCAUAUAUACGCUGGGGACCCCGUCCGACUCUGGGCCUAUUACUGGCUCCUGUUCGUCGUGGAUGACAUUUGACACAUUCGUGUACGGCAAUGUCGGCUUGUCUGAGUUCGAGUUUGAUGUGGAUGAUAAUGGGUACGCGACGAGCAUCUCACCUCGGGCUUUACGCAUCACUCUUCCAAAAGCUUGA